UCCUCUCUUUCGCCAAGAUCUGGCGGAUGACAAACUCCGCCGCCGGAGAAGUAGAACCAUGAAUCCUUCUUCGGAGGACAAUUCAACCAUCGAGAGGGACUCAAAGAAGGUUCCUGUUGUAGGAUUAUACCACCACAACAUCGGGAAUGAUUUGUGCCAGAACACUUCAAUACUUCUUGUGCCUGAAACCAAUGAACAGGAUUCUGAAAUGUUGAUUGAACCUUGUGAAACUGUUGAAAAAUCAAUGAACAAGAUUGAUAAUCGAAUUGAGAAUGCUGUCAAAGAAUUGAGAAAGAAAAUGAAGGAUAAUGAAAGUUCCAGGAAUGAAAUGAUUGCUGAGAAGAAUGAAGAUGUUAUGAAAAUGAUUGCUUCAACAUCAGAAACUCAAAUAGCUGAGCAGAUCAGUGAUCAAAUUGAUGUUGGCUCUGUUCUUAGGUUCUAUGGUCAGAACGAAACAGAGGAUGGAGUCGGUGAAGAGGGUUCAGGAAAAAUGAAACCAUUUUUUGAUGAAGAGUUGAUUGAUUCAGAGGAAGAUGUCAACUAUUCAGAUGAAAAAGGAGAGGAUGCACUUGCUGAAGAUGAAGAAUAUUAUUUCCCAAAUCCUGAUGAAGCUGAAGGAUCAAACAAGCCUGCAAUUGGAAUGAGUUUUGAUACACUCAAUGAAGCACACAGAUUUGUAAACAUAUAUGGGUAACUCAAUGGAUUUGCAGUUUUUAGGG